CAGCAGCAGCAGCGGUGUGGAGAGCAGGGGGCAGCUUGGAGGAGCCAGAGACUGCAGCAACAUCCUCAGCUGCUGUUAGCCCACCUGACAGCAGAGAGAAGCGGAGCGGCGGACAGGCAGCACCGGACACCAGCCUUCCCGGUUCACAUCACAACAAACCGCGUCCUGGAGGGGAAUGGGGGCCACCUAGCCCUCUAGGUUAUCCGACUACAUUUCCUAGAAGCGGAAGGCGAACGGUCGGCGGGCCACCAAGAUGGUAUCCUGGAUAAUUUCGAGGAUAGUCGUCCUUGCCUUUGGGACGCUCUACCCAGCAUACUCCUCGUACAAGGCUGUCAAAACGAAGAAUGUGAAGGAAUAUGUGAAGUGGAUGAUGUACUGGAUAGUAUUUGCCUUGUUCACCACAGCGGAGACAGCCACAGACCUGCUCCUAUCAUGGUUCCCAUUUUACUUUGAGCUAAAGAUUGCCUUUGUGAUCUGGCUCCUGUCCCCGUACACCAAGGGCUCCAGUGUCCUCUACCGCAAGUUUGUCCACCCGACCCUGUCCAACAAAGAGAAGGAGAUAGAUGAGUACAUAGCACAGGCCAAAGACAGGAGUUAUGAGACCAUGAUGAGGUUUGGAAAGAGGGGUCUCAACCUGGCUGCUAAUGCUGCUGUCACUGCAGCCACCAAGGGGCAGGGUGUGCUGUCAGACAAGCUGCGGAGCUUCAGCAUGCAGGACCUGACUCUCAUCAACGCCGAGGACGAGCUGGCUCUGCACACUUCAGACGCCCGCAUGAGACGGGACCCCAUGGACGAGAUGAGCUCAGGGGCCAGCACGCUGCCCCGGGCCAAGAGUACUGCUGCACGGCAGACUCGCUCGUUGGCAGCCACGUCCCUCACUGAUGAAACAUCAUCCCAACACAGCUCUGACCUCUCAGACACAAGGACUGAACACUCUGAUGAAGAUGUGGGAGACAAAGCCCCUAAACGUGGGACCAGCGUCAAGGCCAAGAAACCUGUUGCUGCUAAGACAGAGACUCAAACUAAGACGGUGAAAAAGCCGGCAAAGAAAAAGACCACGACUAAUAACGCAGAGACGCCACCAUGAGGCCUGCUGUCCACAUCCACCAACCUACACUCUCUCCACCCACAGCCUGCAGGCUCUUCUUCCUCUGUUUGGUCUCCACACAAACACAUGUACACUAUAUACGUAUAUAUAUCAAUCACUGAAGUUGCGUCGCUCUUGCUGUUUUUUUAGAGCAAAGUGCAGAUUUAGUUUUUAGCCAUAUGUGGGAACUGUUUACUUUUACAUUUACCAGGUUGUUGCAUAUUUUGUCUCACUCAGAUUUAACAGUCGGGGAUGUUUCUCAGACCUUUUUUUAGCCUGAAGAUGAUUAGUAAUCUAAUCAUUAAUGCUCCUUUUUCUUUUAAUCUUUAGGCAUAUAUGUAAUAGUUGAGUUUUCCAUGUGCAGUUUUCCAGUCUCAUUGAUGUUAUUGAUUCAUAUUCUGUUGCAGACAGUGUGACAUUCUUGAUUGAAGCUGAAGUGUUUCCAGUGAAAUAUUACACUCUUCACUCCUAGUUCACCUGAUUUAGGUCUCUCUUCCUCUAUUUGGUUGCAGUUGAAAAAUCUCAUGCAGGCCACAGGUCUGUGUCUUCCUCUCGACUGGGCCACGAUGCUAGAUUUCCUCAAACAACCAAAACAACUGGCUCUAAUGGUUCCUGAGGUUUUCUUUUUACCUAGCUGUAAGACUGGGUUCAGAUCAACUUUAAGGCCUGUGUUGACUGAUGGUUGUAGACCUCCUUAACUACUGUCUCAGACCUCAUCAUUCCCACUUUUGACUACAGCUCAGCUCAGAUAGGUGUCGAUCAACAGCCACUGUGUCCUCGCUCGUGUAGCUGUCAACUGACUGAUCAAACCUGUCUUGGUUCUCCUCUUUUUACCUUUUUAAUUUGAACCUCUUUGAUUGCAUUUUAGGCUUCACGGCUUGUGGAAGAGUUUAAAGUUUAGCUUCCCCUCUUUCAGUCCGUAUACCUCUGAGUGAGUCUGGCUCUGCUACGUUCAGGUCUCACUUUAACAUCACUGCUUUAAUGUGACUUUCAAGUCAUGUACAGUGCUGGUGAUGGAGUGGUUUGUUUAGAGUUGGCUUAGUUAUCCUUCAUCUAGACAUCACGCUCUUAGGUUGUAUUUAUCCAUGAUCAUUUAUUUAUUACACUUCUGUUUUAUCCAGUUCUGUCAGACGUGUAAUAUUAGUAAUAAAUAUGAUCAGUUGUGCAUAGCUGGGCCUCUUAAGGCGAUGCUGUACCUGAGUGAUGAUAGCGCUCUCUCCCAAUAAAUACAGUAGACAUAGAUGAGUUGCCUGUGUUUGUGAGGUAACAUAUCUGCUUUCAGUGACGUCUGUAUAUUGUUUGUGUUACAACAUUAGAAAGUCAGUCUGCACUUUCUCACUGAUUUUAACGCAGCUGUGUGGCGACACUAUGCCUCAUUAUAAAAGCAGGAUCAAGCAAAGCAAUAUGGGAAUAAUUCAACCAAAACCAACGUCAGGAGACUUGAGUGAGAAUCAUUUUCUCAAACCCCUGCUGUUGUUUCGGAUGUGGAGGGAGUGUCAGACCAGGCUGUGGGUGUUUCUAAACACUGGACUUUAGUUCUGGGACGAGCUGUUCUGGUUUCCAGCCUCUACAGUGGGCGUGGUUUCUUCUGAGUGCUCUGUCAUGAGAGAUUUAAAAGCAUGAGACUACUGCACUCAUUACUGCUGUGUGCAGUGUGACACUAGUAUGAACCAGUAGGGGGAGACAAACCCCAACUCAACUGUUGGAAACGUUAAUAAACAAUAUGUAUAACAGUGUAAAUAGUGACCUGUAUAUACAGAAUGAGCUUGCUUGCCUUAUUCAUUCAUUCAUUCUCUGGGCUGAAAUCCAUUUAAUUUCUUAAUCAUUUGUGUGCUCUUUUUAAAAAUCCUUAGUCUUGAUAAAUCAUAUGUUCUGAGACCAGAGGAAACUCAUUGUAGACUUCUGGUGCUGGAGGUGAUUUUUGUAUUUUUAAUUAACAUCUUUACUUUUCUUUCUGUCUUUUCAUGUUGAGACAUUUUAACUCUUCACAACUUCUUCUUACUCUCCAUCACAGAGUGGGGAAUCUUCAGACUGAGUCUAAACUGGUGUUUUUACAUUCACAUCCUGCUAUGUUCUCUGCUCAGACUGGAUAUAAAAUACUUUAGGGCCAAAAGUUCUUCAUUUAAAGUUUGCACUGAAUAAAAAGUAGACGUCACAUAAUCAGAAGCCCUUCUGUCUUAGCAACAUACAACUCUGCAUUUUAUCUUGUGUCAUUUUUGGAUAUUUAUUGUUGAUUAUUUUCAGUUUAAAAUCAGUAUUGUAUACAUGGAUGUUCAUUUGUAUAUUGUUUGUGCCAAUUCUCAAAGCUCCAUGUCAAAAAGGAUAACAGUAUGUGUGCUGGGACAAUGGUAUCUAACAAGGUCAUGUAUCAGUAAUAAAACUACUAAUAAAGGAAAUGAAAUCAG